ACUCCCCGCGGAUUGAGUCAUUCGCUGCGUCUUGGUGGAGCCUUGCAGAUGUCUGUGCUGGAGAGGAUAGACUGGAGGUUUUGCAACGGAGAAAGCCAAUCAACAAUGUUGUGGAAAUUAGCCGACAACGUGAAAUAUGAAGAUGACUGUGAGGAAAGACAUGACGGCAACAGCAAUGGCAAUCCCCGGCUACCCCCUCUGCCAGCGGUCAGCCAGCACCUGUACAGCCCGUCUCCGGCCCUCUCUCACUCGGCUGGCUCGGACUUCCAGCCUCCCUACUUCCCUCCACCGUACCAGCCCAUCUCCUACCCUCAGUCCAGCGACCCUUACUCGCACCUCGGCGACCCGUUCAACAUCAACUCCAUACACCAGUCGCCCUCAUCGAACCAGCAGCAGCCGUGGCCCAGCCGGCAAGGCCAGGACGGGCUCGGGAGGAGCGGACUGGCGAGUCAGAUCUUGGGCCUAGAGGGAGGAUCGUCGGGGAUGAGGAGGGAAGGGUUCCGCCGUCCGGAGCUGCUGGCCUCGCACGCGCACGCCCUGGAGUCCUCGGGUAUAGGUGACAAUAUGGGGAUGCACGACAUGGGCCACGGAAUGGACGAGGUUCAGCAUGUAGACGACCACAGUAUUAUAAUGGCAGACCAGACCGUCAUCAAAAAAGUAUUAGGACUACGAGGUGGCAGGAACCUUGAUCGCUUACAGAGGACUUAUUAUCAGGGGGGCAUUCUUGCUGGGCCUGUCACAUUACCCAAAGGAAACACGCUGGGUCUUCCCUUCCAGAAAGAGUCCCUGCUGGGCAUGGUGUCAAACCCCACUGAGGUGUUCUGCUCCGUGCCGGGCCGCCUCUCCUUGCUGAGCUCCACUUCCAAGUACAAGGUCACUGUGGCUGAAGUCCAGAGACGUUUGUCACCUCCAGAGUGCCUCAACGCAUCGCUCCUGGGAGGCGUUUUACGCAGGGCCAAGUCAAAAAAUGGAGGCCGUUCUUUGAGAGAAAAGCUAGAUAAAAUUGGUCUUAACCUGCCUGCGGGAAGGAGGAAGGCAGCCAACGUCACUCUACUUACCUCACUAGUAGAAGGUGAAGCUGUUCAUUUAGCAAGAGACUUUGGUUAUGUGUGUGAGACAGAGUUCCCUGCAAAGGCAAUAGCUGAAUACCUGGGCAGGCCGCAUGUGGAGCGCAACGAGGUUAACACUCGCAAGAACAUGCUCCUGGCUGCAAAGCAAAUCUGUAAGGAGUUCACUGAUCUGCUCACACAGGACCGAUCGCCUUUGGGAAACUCCAGGCCUGCACCCAUUUUGGAGCAAGGAAUCCAGGGCUGCCUGACUCAUUUCAGCCUCAUCACACACGGCUUUGGCUCUCCGGCCAUCUGCGCUGCCAUGACCUCGCUCCAGAACUACCUGAAUGAGGCCCUCAAACAAGUGGACAAGAUGUACCUGAGCUCUGGCAGCGACAGCCAGGGAUCCUCAGAGAGUGGGAGCAAGUCUACCGACAAAAUGGAAAAGCACAGGAAAUGAGAACUCAAAAGACAGAAACCUCAUAAAUUUUAGAAUCCCUUAAACCCCUUUGCCCUCUCUGCCCCUUUUUUUUUUGGACUUUUUAAAAUAGAUAUUUGUUAUUGUCUUUUGGAGAGAUUAAUUUGUAUGUGGGUGUGUAUGUGUGCUCGCACUGUAAACUUAUAUUUCUAAGAGCUUGUGGACUUGUCUGCAGAUCAGUAAGCGUUGGCAGUCCGUGGGCGACUGCUCCUUAAAAGCUUAACACACAUGCACAAGCGUACUACUAUGCAGUUUUAUAAAUUGCCUAUGAACUGAUGCUGCAACCAGAACACUUCUGCUUUUUUUGGAAAGAUGAGGAAAAAACAAAGUGCAUUCUCUGAUUUUUUUCCCUCCAUUAUUCCUAGAGGACAUCAUUUCAAGAUGACUUGCCAUGGCUGUGAAUUCCUCUUAGCAUUCCCCCUCCUCCUCUGUCUGGAUGCAAAUCCACUGAUUUCCUGUGUCUCAAUGGACCUGCAAAAGGAAACAAAAAUCUGUGUGUAUGAAAAAAAAAGACAAUCCACUGUGUUUUUGUUUUUUUGUGCUUUUGUACAGCCGCUUCAAAAUGACUCCAGUGUUAUUGUGCUUUGUUUAUGGGAAAUGAUUUGAGUCUCAUGUUGGACGGCGACUUUUUGCUCAGCGGCCCCUCAGAAACCAGGGACUUUCAAGUUGCUGCAAUAGAAGCCCCUUCAGUGUUCACACGGGUUACAUGUUACUCCACAUGGCAGUGAGUACACCACCUUCUUUAUAGUCAACACACCCACCGAUUUUAGUAUUUAAAACCUCCAAGCGAACGUCGACCUUCCAACGUGCUUUAAUCCUGAUACAAAGUAUACGUGUGUUGUGUGAAUGUGUGUACUUGUACAUAUUGCUACUUUUUUUUUAAAGUGUCUUUAAUUAGACAUUAAAUCCAAAACAUCCAAACAGAACUUUAUUCAUUGUGUUGUCCCGGAAUGUAAAUAUAGAUUAUUUUAUUUAUGUGGUAAUUUAACGGGCUUGUGUAAAUAAUAGUGACAUUCUGGUGUAUGGUUUUACUUCUUAUCAGGACGUGUGUUUAAACUUUUAUAAAAGGGUUAGUUUUUUAUCAAGUAGAAGCUAGGAAGUGGGCAUGAUUUCCCUUUCUUUUUGGAAAAUCGAAAAGAAACAAUUUGUUUUAACGUUCUAGGAAAACUGAAUAAAAUGAGAGCCUCAAGCCUGAUCCAGUGUGCGCGCGCGUGUGUGUGUGUGUGUGUGUGUGUGUGUGUGUGUGUGUGUGUGUGUGUGUGUGUGUGUGUGUGUGUGUGUGUGAUGUUGCCUAGGCUAUACAAACACACAGUUUUAUCUGUAGCUUCCUUUUUUCAAGCCUGUUUCACAGAAAAUGGUUAAGUCAUGUGUUGAAAGAAUCCCGUAAUAAUAAACAGCAAAGAAAAUCCCCUACUAAACUAAUGGUAACAGUAGUCAUCAUUAUUUGCUCUCACUUAGCUUCACAAAUAGGCUGUGUGGCUCGGUGAAGACCUCAAAAGGACAUCAUGUGAGCAACAGAGAUGUGCUGCAAAGAAAUGGCAAAUGGCUUGUUUGAGUCUGAACUUAGGAACAGUUUGCACGCAUGCCACAGAGAUUUCUUCGGAGACUUUUCCAUUUAGAAAAAUUUGCUUUGCUUUCUUUUUUGGGAGUAGACAUGCUUCCAUUUCAGCCUGGGAUUAAAUGUCUCAAAUAUGCAAUUUACCUUCAUAAAAUCAAAUUACAAUGGCAAAGUUUUUUUGCAGAUUCUCUGAACAUGGAGAUGAUGUAAUGUUGCAUAAGCUGUGAUUUAAAGCCUUUCAAGCUCUUGUUUUUUUUAUCAGUAAGCCAGGUAGUAAACUUUGGUUUCUAUUAGCAUGACUUACUGAAGAAGCUUGAGGUGUUCUGACGACAUUUCAGCCACAAAUGUUGCUUUUACAAAAAUAAAAAGGUUGCAAAUGCUCGAUGUUGAGUGUAUUAAAAGCCCUCAAGUAUUACUCAGCUUUCACCAAACUACAUUGUAUAUAACUGAAAUGUUUUUAUGAAUUUCACACGAUGAGGAACGCACUUUCCUCCUGCUGUUGUGGUUUCUAUGCAAUUUCUUGACGCCUUUGGAGGCUCUUUAAUGUCUACAGGACAAAUAAGUGAAGGGAAACUAGAAGCGAGUUGAAUGUGGUGCAAGGUUGCUUAAUCAUCACUCGCCCAGCCAGUCCUUGUUGAUUCAUGUGGCUUGUAUGUUUCUGUGCUUCAGUGUUUGUGACUUUAGUGCUUUCGAGCCAGACGCCACCGCAUCACGUUUAUCCAGUGAUUUAUAUCUUAUUUGUUCUAUUUAUACACAUUUGUAGGCCAGUAGGCUAAACCAGCAUUUCCCUAAAACUUUGCUACAGGGUAACGAGGCAGCAGCAGCAGUUGCAGCAGAUGCCUCGCAGUAAAACAAGUAUGAGCCUCUCCCCUCCAGAACCUGUCUAACCAGAACUGUCAACCUGAACCCAGUGGCUCACAGCGGUUGACUUUAACUGCCUUCAGUUAUUCUUGUUAUGUUGUAUGCAUGGGUCUGAAAGAGCAGAUAAUUAGUGGGGGGUGUGAGCGAUGGUGGGAGAGCAGAGGAGGAAUAAGUGAAGGUUGUUAGAGUGCCUUUGAUGACCGGCCGAGCACGGUUGAAGCAACGCUUCCCUGUGAAAGAGGAUUUGACUGAAGGUUGUUCAUUCAGUUCCUUUUUUUUUCUUUAAAUGCAUGUUGUCACUCGGUCCCAUCACCGUUUUUGUUUUGGCCGACCCAAGUCUUUUGUAAGCAGAAGCGAUCUUCUUUUGAGUGACUCGGCAAAGCCAGGGCUGGUUCAAAGAAGAUCUCAGGAGGAUAAUCCACCAAAAUCAGCCCGUAGUGUACCUGCCUACUUCUCAUGUGUUUCCCUAAACUUUAGCAACAUGGUGGCAGGUCAAAAAACCCUCCCUCCUAACAGUGGGGCAGAGUGAGUAAUUCACUUAUGACACACCUAAUGUAGCUGGGAAAAGGAGACAAGCGUGGACUCGUCAUUCUCAUUCUGUACCUCUCACAUCCUCCUCUUUCAUUUAAAGAGUAGAUCCCAGAAACGGGUUUAAUUAGAUAUUAUGUUUGACAUGCUAAUGUAAUCUUUACAUCUCAUUAGGACGCCCAGGGCGACUUGUCAACUUCUGAUUCACUGAACUGUGGUCGUGGUUCAAGCUAGCUCUGACUGCACGACCUUUUAAUGUAGGUCAUGGCAAGUCACAUGACAAAGAUCCAUUGAAAAAACGGGGACAAAUGAUUUCAGAAAAUAGUGAUUUCCUUUUUUAUAGAUGAGUUUUAUCAAAAAUAUACAAACGUUGAACUUUUUUGUGGUUAAAUUGAUGUAAAGUUGUCCAAAAUGUUCCCAGACACUUAACUCGUAACUUUCACCCUCUUUCAUUCAUCCAACCACUUCCCUUCAACCAAUGUCUUUGAAAUCUGUUGUACAUUAAGGCUCAUUUGCAGUCAGACUAAUCGCUUGCUUGCAGUUCCCAACCACCAAAACCACUUUAUGAGUUAAACCAUGGUCCUAACAUCCCGUACCAUAAACGACAAGUCAGACAGAUGACGGCGAUAGAUUCUCACGAGUAAAUCACAAGUCAAAUGUAGGCUGCUCCAUGUUCUGCAAAGACAGAUCAUUAUAAAAUGGGGGAAAAUGGUUUUUAUUUGAACAUACCUAUAACAUACCAAGCGAUGAAGAGGUAUGAAAUAAACAGGGUAAAUAAAAAGAUCACAGCAAUUGUACUGGCUCAAACCAAUAAAACAAAUUAAUAUUUAACACAUUUUGUAACCAAAGUGCAGCCAAUAAGUCCUUUUGUUGUGUUGUCAUAGGUGUUUUUAACACAUUUGAGGCUUUAAUCUGAAUAUAAUUAAGGUAAACAAAUAAACAUCCCUCAGCAGUUUCAUUGUUUUCCUUUUUACAAGAAAAUAAGCAGCUUUUAAAAAGGUAAUUAUUUUGCAACCUUUUGCUUCAUUUUGGUGCAUUUUGGGUCUCUACUCCUUUUAAAAAUGCUUCAAACUUGAAAACGCAUGUCCAUCCGUUUUCUGUCAGGGUUUAGUUGUAGGAAUGAAGUGUUUUAUUGUGUGAAUUGUGUGACUAGAACAAGGUGUUUCAAAAACUCUCCCUUUUGUGACAUCACAAAAGGGAGAGUUUGCAAAUUGUGUCUCGUUUUCUUGACUCUGCAGUCGUGGGGUUGAUCAGAAAUGGUAAAAAAACAAAUAAAUAAAAAAAUAAAAAACUGAGUUCAGAGAG